UUUCCUUUCUGUUUCAGAUCUACUGAAUAUUCACACAGCAUAAUAAAACAAAGAUUCCUACAAUCAGAUGCAUUAUGGAUGUAUGGAGCUUACCUAAUGACUCAAAACCAGAUAAUGACACAUUGGCAAUGCUUGAAAACCGUUCCGUCACAACGAUUUUGCCUGUGGUUUAUUCAUUUGUGACUUUAAUCAGUAUACCUGGAAAUCUCGUGUCUCUUUGGAUUUUAGUAUUUCAUUCCAAACCUAUUACAUCGUCGAUAGUCCUAAUGAUCAAUUUGAGUGUUGCAGACUUAGUCCUUGCAAUAUUUCUUCCAUUCCAGAUCAUUUAUCAUAUCAACAACAAUAACUGGAUCUUUGGAAAGGGUCUUUGUAAUGUCGUAUCUGUGCUAUUUUACGCAAAUAUGUAUUGUUCAAUAUUAACGAUCAUGUCAAUUAGUAUUGAACGCUAUUUGGGCAUUGUUUACCCUAUGAAAUCAAGUACAUGGAGAAGAAAAAGGUAUGCUGUUGCUGCCAUCAUAUUUAUUUGGAUAUCUACACUAUUAUCAUUAUAUCCAAUGGAAUCAACAGACCUAACCUACAAAGUGAGUCAUUUAAACAUAACCACUUGUUUUGAUGUACUCAAAUGGAACAUGUUACCAAAUCUCAUUACUUGGGCAGUAUUCAUUCUGGGACUGUUUUUCUUCUUGUUUUUGAUACCUUCGGUAGUGACUGUGUUUUGCUACAUUCGUAUUAUCUGGACACUCGUUCGGACUUCAAAUAGAAAUGGAACGGGAAAAGAAAGAAGGCCAAUAAGCCUUGCUCUGAUUGUUCUUUUUGUAUUUGUAACUUGUUUUGCUCCAAACAAUUUUAUCCUGAUGAUACACACAAUUUAUCGACUUUUCUACAACAAAAGUUACUAUCAUGCCUAUAAACUUACACUCACAAUGAGCUGUCUGAGCAGCUGCCUUGACCCUUUUCUAUAUUAUUUUGCAUCCAAGGAUUUUCGCAAGAAAGUGCUGGAGGUAUGGAGUAAAACAUUCAGUCGGGACAAAAUAUUUGAAGGGAGACGAGGCAGUUUGUUCUCGGGCACGUUUUCAAGUGGACACGCAGAAAUCAUAGAAAAUGGAAAUGGCUGCAAAUAUAAGUUGCAGGAAAGUGAUUUGUAGGCUUGCAAUAAAAACAUGACUUAAUGAGCUAAAGGAUUAAAAGAAUGACCGGGUACCAACUUCCAAAAGCCCGUUUAUUAAGUGUUAAAACAGGAGACCCAAUAUAUCCUGUGAUUAGAGAUGCAUGGCAUUCAAAUGCAUUUCUAUGAAGAAUUGUUUUGUUUAUAUUUAACUUUCAACAAAAGAAAAGGGAUUUGUAGUUUUGUAAAUAGUGAAAAACAUGACGUGAUAGGACAUGAGUUACAUUAUUUCAUCGUAUAUUAGAGAAGAUAUUCUCAAUACUGCACUCUUUUUUUUCACUGGAAAAAAAUGCUUUACUGAACUCCACCGAGCACUAGAGUAAAUAAUCUACUGCAUUUCUUUUUGCUAACCAAAGACACUAUACUGUAUAUAUAGACACAGUAAUGUAAAAUAAAUUCUGUCUAGUUGCAAAACUGGAUCAAUAAGAGCAUUAAAUGUCUCAAUGCAAGCAAUCUUUUGGAAUCCCUUAUGAUGUAUUAUUGCAUGUUUUUUUUCCCAUCUGUUUUGUCAUCUGUGAAAACUGAAAAAUUCAUUAAAAAGUAAAUUGUGG